AUGAAUGAAAGUCAUUCAAAUUCCAAUCGGCAGUCCGCUGAGUGGAAAACAAAGGGUGAAAGCAGCCCAAAGCGUCCAAAAAUAACGAUCUGGGGGAAAGGAUAUGGCCCCCGGAUUGUAUCUAUAGAAAAACAACUUUAUAUGUCUCAAGUGAUUUCAGAUUUGGUUUGUUCCAACGAAACCCUUUUAAAAUUUUUUGAAGACCAUCUAAUCAGGGUUUCCGGUUUAACUUAUGAAGCUGACAGUGAAGACGAAGUUAAACCCCUUAAUGAAAAUGAGUUGGCAGCACCUUCAAUUAAUGCUUUAAACCUUAAAACUAGAAAAGCUCUUUCUUUGGCUUCCAAGCUUAACUCCUUCGGUAAUAAGAACCAUAGAAAAUAUAAGAAAACCACAGCCUUGGUGGAGGAAUUGGAUGAGAAUCCUAGUUUUAAUGAUACAUUAAACCAUCGGAAUACUGAGCUUUCUGAACAAUCACCCGAAACUUUGAGUGACGGGGACAACAGCAAACCUGAAGACCUCCCAGAAUCAACUUUUUACCGAUCUCUAUCUUCAUUAUAUAAUAAAAAGAGGCCCUUCAAACCCUUUGAGAAAAUUACUAAAAAAAGGAUCCAGGACCAGAAGGAAAGGUCACAUGUAGUUUUUGUUCCAGGAGUCAAAGCCUCUAUCCUACUCGAUCCUUGUAACAACAACUUUAAAGCUUGGGUGGACGGCAAGCAUUUAAUACACAAUUCUGAGUAUCCUUCGAUCCGUUUGCCUCUAGAGUUUGACCAGUUUGGCUUUCAGUUAAAAGAUAAUUUAGUUCCUGGAGGUGUCUUCCAUCAUAUUAACAUAGUGGGUGGUUUGAAAGUGCCCAUAUAUUCACCUGGAAUAAAGUAUCUGAGGAAAAAGGGUUUUAGGGUGCAUGAAUUUUCGUAUGACUGGCGUCGUAGCAAUAACGAAACUUCUCUAAAGUUGGAGGCCUUCAUCGAGCAAAUCGCCCAUGAGACGCGCCGGCCCGUACAGCUCGUUUGCCACUCGAUGGGGAGCAUGGUUGGCUUCGUCGUUAUGAAAAGGCGACCGGAGCUCGUGCACAGCGCUCUUUUUCUGGCCCCUCCUUUUAAUUUGGAGUCUCCCCUUUUUUUGCUUAAACAUCGUGAUGGACAUCCAAUGGGUUUAAACAAGAAGUUGUUGUCCGCUAGAACACAUUUUUCCUGGCUCUGCUCCUAUUGUAGUUAUCCUCUAAGCGGACGAGGCAUUAUUGACGUUAACGGGCAGAUGCUUCAUUUCGAUUACUAUAAUCCGGAAACGUGGGUAAAGGAAAAAUGGGGGCUUUUUCAUCCCGACCACCCGGAAACGGUGGCGGGAACAUUGGAUUAUGAGAAUUAUUGGAAUUUUUUAAAGCUUGCACUCGCCGAUGGUUUACAAUUUCUCAAAGAGCUCCAUGAAGGCAACGAUAAAAUUUCUCUGCCGCCUAUCGCCAUCAUAGCAGCCACUGGAUAUGAAACUAUAAAAUACCUAAUGAAAGACGGCCCCAAAUCUAUACGAGGUCCUCGUAGCUAUUUUUUUGUUUUAUAUGGAGUACGCUUUAUACACUCAAUGAUUUUUGACACAUGGGGCUAUUAA